AUGAGCAGCUACGACUUGGAAGUGUUGAGAGAAAUGGCAAGAUUCUUGUCACUGAAAAUUAACAAAGGAACUAAUCCUGUCAAAGCUGCCGGGUCCCGAGAGCCGGGAGGUGGUGCCGGGGGCGGGGUGCGGAUGGGGGGAUUAGUUGCCGUUUGGAGUGAGGACCGGGCAGAGGCGGUGGCGGCGGCGUUUGCGGUGGCGAGGGCUCCGCGGAGAACUAGACGCCUCGAGGCCCUUUCUCCCUACCCUGGUCCACAGAAGCAGGGCUCCCGGCCCUCUCUGCAGCUGCCCGGCUCUGCCGAGCGUGCAGCCCAUGAGGCUGCGAGCGGCCUCCGGGGCUGCUUGAUUCGGCCGGCUACUCCGCUCCCCUGUGAGCGCGAUGCCCGGGGCGGCGGGGGCGGCGGCGGCGGCUCUGGGCUCCUCGCAGCCCCGGCCGUGACCACCACCCCGAGCCCGGCCGGGCGGUUGGGGCCGUUGGACGCGCAGCCUUCCCCUCCCCCUUCGCCGAGGCAGCGGGGGUGCGCGUUGGGAAGGGGGAGCCGAGAGACUCCUCCCCCUCCCCGAUACCCCCGCCCCUCCCCCUUACACACUCGCACGCACUAUCGCGCCGGCUCCCACACGCUCGCGCGCCUCCCGCUCCGCGCCUCCGUGUCGGCCGGCGUCGUCCAGGGCCCGCGGAGCCACCAUGUCCACUGCCUCCUCCUCCUCCAGUUCCUCUCAGACCCCUCAUCCCCCGCCGCAGAGGAUGCGCCGCCGCCGGCCGCGGCACCGACCGAGCAGGCGCCGCGGGCCAAAGGCCGCCCGAGACGGUCCCCCGAGAGCCAGCGGAGGAGCAGCUCACCUGAGAGACGGAGCCCCGGCUCGCCCGUGUGCAGAGUGGACAGGCCAAAAUCUCAGCAAGUUCGAACCUCUAGUACGAUAAGACGAACCUCUUCUUUGGAUACGAUAACAGGACCUUACCUCACAGGACAGUGGCCACGGGAUCCUCAUGUUCAUUACCCUUCAUGCAUGAAAGAUAAAGCUACUCAGACACCUAGCUGUUGGGCAGAAGAGGGAGCAGAAAAGAGGUCACAUCAGCGUUCUGCAUCAUGGGGGAGUGCUGAUCAACUAAAAGAGCAGAUUGCCAAACUGAGGCAGCAGCUACAACGUAGUAAACAGAGUAGUCGGCACAGUAAGGAGAAAGAUCGUCAGUCACCUCUCCAUGGUAACCAUAUAGCAAUCAAUCACACUCAGGCUACUGGAUCAAGAUCGGUCCCUAUGCCGCUGUCAAAUAUAUCAGUGCCAAAAACAUCUGUUUCACGUGUGCCCUGCAAUGUAGAAGGAAUAAGUCCUGAAUUAGAAAAGGUAUUCAUUAAAGAAAAUAAUGGGAAGGAGGAAGUGUCUAAGCCUUUGGAUAUACCAGAUGGUCGAAGAGCCCCACUCCCUGCUCACUACCGGAGCAGUAGCACUCGCAGCAUUGACACUCAGACCCCGUCUGUCCAGGAACGCAGCAGUAGCUGCAGCAGUCAUUCACCCUGUGUCUCCCCAUUUUGUCCCCCGGAAUCCCAGGAUGGUAGUCCUUGCUCAACAGAAGAUUUACUCUAUGAUCGUGAUAAAGACAGUGGGAGUAGCUCACCGUUACCCAAGUAUGCUUCAUCUCCCAAACCAAACAACAGCUACAUGUUCAAACGGGAGCCCCCAGAGGGAUGUGAGCGAGUGAAGGUCUUUGAGGAAAUGGCGUCUCGUCAGCCUAUCUCAGCCCCUCUCUUUUCAUGUCCUGACAAAAACAAGGUUAAUUUCAUCCCAACCGGAUCAGCUUUCUGUCCUGUAAAACUUCUAGGCCCUCUCUUACCUGCCUCCGACCUGAUGCUCAAGAACUCUCCUAACUCUGGCCAGAGCUCAGCUCUGGCAACCCUAACCGUUGAGCAGCUCUCCUCCCGGGUUUCCUUUACAUCUCUUUCUGAUGACACCAGCACAGCAGGCCCCACAGAGGCCUCUGUUCAACAGCCAUCCCAGCAGCAGCAGCUCCUGCAGGAACUGCAGGGUGAGGAACACAUCUCUGCUCAGAACUAUGUCAUCAUCUAAAGCAAAGGGGGAGCUGGCCUCCACCCUGCGUUCCAUGGAUUAAGAACUAGAUCUCAGAUAUCUAUCUGCAUGGAGUGACAAACGUACUGAACACCACCACCGACAACAGAAUACUUAGCAGCGUCAUAAAGUAUCUCUUAACACUGAUCUUGGCAGGGACGGAACUCCUAUUCAGCAGUUUUCGUGGAAAGCAGUAAUGCUUGCAAAAUGUGUGUGUCAUUCAGCAUUUUAAGUGGAGACUAUGCAUUUCAUAGUAUGUUUGACAGAUUAGUACUGUGUCCUGUGUUUUGUUCCAAAUUCUUCAGUAUAAAUAAGCUCUAUAUCAAAAAGUUGCCUGUCUAAAUAGGAAAUGUCUUGCUGUUUGUUGUCCUAUGGAAAAUACUGUACUUCAGGAUUAUGUUUACAAUUGAUCCAGGUGUUUGUUUCUAACUUCUGUAAUACAUACAAUGCAAAAAAAAAAAUAAAUAAAUGGCCACAACAGUUGCACAGUGCCCACCCUAUGGCCUAGCUUCAGGUACUUCAGUUGAAGUCUAAACUCAGGUAACUUGGAAUGUAUAUCAUAUUGGGAUAUUAAAUAUUUCACAGCUAAAACGCUAAAGAGGGAACAUCACUCUUUUGCCUUUCCUUAUUUUAUGCAUUUCCCUUUCCUCAUUACAUUCCACAUGCUUAGAAUAAGAAGUGCAUUCAACCCUAGGAGAAUGAUAAUCCUGGACAUGGGUGAACAUGAGGAGAACCAGCAAACCUGUGGUGUCUGACAUCACUUUUGUCAUGUGGUUACAAGUAAAACAACUGUUGCAUUUGCUGUUUCAACAUGUGUAAAUGUGGCUUUUUUUACAAGGUCAGGUGUUGCUCAGUUAAUGACUAUUACAAUGUUGCAAAUAAAGUGUCCAGUACUAGGCUGUACAUAAACAUUCCACAUUGUGGGUGAUGGAAUUUAAAGAUAAGAAUGUCUAGGUUUAAUUUCAGACCAAGUGAAAGUUGAACAAGUGAACGGGGGAUAGUUGAGCAUUUUUGUUUAUGUUGGCCAUCAGGGUCAUGAAGUGCUACUAUUUUAUCUAAAAGCAUAUUAAUGUUUUGUUUCUCUUUUGGAAAUUCUUUAAUUUGCAGGUUAAGAAACGACACACUUCUGAUUAUUGUUUUCGUCAAGCAGUUUAGGGACAUGAAUUGCAUUCAUGUAGAGAGAGAAUACUUGGGUCUCGGAAUUAAUGCAAUGUAAGUAGACAGGUUAUCAGGUGACUUACAAAAGCAGUAGUUUGAAGCUGUCUUAUUUAAGCCUCAUAAUAUCAUGAUUAGUUCUGUUAAUAUUUUGAAUAUGCGAAGUAGAGCAUAAAUCCAAGUAAAUAGCCUUGAACUUGCAGACUCGACCUAACUUCUCAACCAAGUGUGAGGAGAGCCCUAGAUAUUCCUGACUGGUCAGUAGAAGAGCCCGACUUUCAGACAUUGUUUUCUGCAGCACAAAGAGAGUAUCCAAAAGCAGAGGGAAGUUUUUGUAUUUUUAUUCCAUUGCUUUCAGUUCGAUAAAACAUAGAGUUGUUUCAUCUGCACCUAAAGUGUAUGGCACAAUUUUCUUAAGAAUUAGGGGAAUAAGGUGCCUACAGUUACAGGAACGUUUCAGUUCCCUUCAGUCAUUCCUGGGUUUUUCCUUGUUUUAUUUUUUAAGGAGGUUGAAGAAGGAAGAGGUGAUAAAGAAGAAAGCAACACCAUUGAUUUUUUUUUGAAGAAAUGGCACAUAUAUGUAUAUAUGUGUGUGUGUAUUCUGUAUGUUAUUUUGUCAUGAUCCCAAUUAUCUUCUUUCCACCAAAGUUUGCAGUAAUAUUCUCUCCUGAAGGUGCAUUCUGGCUCCUUUAAAUUAGUCAGUGUUAUAUUGUAGGAGGCUGUCAUGGAAAAGGACUCAGUUUACUUUUGUCAUUUUCACAGGGGAACCUUUUAAAACAAUCUCUUCAGCAGCAGACACCUUUAACCCUAAUAAUCUCAGGCCUUGAUGAAAAUACUAUAUUUUGUAGAUUAUGGUUAAAGGGAGAAAACUAUUAGUUCUGUAAGAUAAAUAUGAGCUCCAUUAACUUCUGAUAUCUGGUUUAGCAUUACAUGUGUUGAUCUUAUGCUCUGCUUUUAUCCAAAUAAGAUGCAAUGGUAUCAAUAUCAAUUUCUGAAAGAUAGACUGAAUAUGCUUUUUUGGUGAUGAAAUCUGAUGUACGAUAUUUAUAGUGACGUGCUUUUAUUUUCUCAUGAGAAACAAUAUUAAUUGUGUUGUACAUUUGUUCUUAGCAUAUAUUAGUUUUGAACCAAAUGUGUUAAAGCUUAUGCUUUGCCUUGUAAAUUUCCCAGAAGUUGUUGAGCUCAAAUGUAUCCUACAUCCAGCUGUAGAAAUUUGUCAGAAAUUGUUUAAAUUUUGUAUAUAGUUGUACUGUUGAAUUCUAGCCACUGCGGUGAACAGUAUUCAAGUUACCAUAUAAUAUGGCUUUACACAAGGAAAUGUGUGGCUUUUGUUUUGUAUUUUUUAAGUAUAGAAGUUCCUGUGUCUUAUUUAAAUAAAGUUAUUAGUAAAACUG